UAACUAAAGGUGAAAACGACAUAAUAUUACAUGGUCUCGGAGCUGCUAUACAAAGAUGUUGUAACCUGGCAUUACAACUAGAAUCACUAUUUGCAGGAACUUGUCAAAUCGAAGUUAACACGGGGACUGUAGAUUUAGUAGAUGAUCUGGAACCAUUAACAGAUGAUCUUGAUUUUGGUGCCCAAGUAAGGCACUCAUCCUCUAUUCACAUUCGCAUAUUUAGAACUGCUAUGCUCGGAGCCAACCAGCAAUAAUGUUUUUUACACUCAGUGAAAUUGUGCAGUGGAUUGGACUCACAGUAUUUGAGAUAUGGAUAAACUUAAUAACAAUCACAAUAUUUUCAGCACUUUUAGCAUUAAAAAUCGAUGGUAUAGUGAACAGUGCUUGGUGGACAAUAUUUGCUCCUUUGUUUGUAAGUGAUGCUAUGAAUGCAUAUUUUUGCUGUAUUGUUUGCAUAAGAAUGACUUUAGAAAAUUCAUAUAAGGCUUCAAUAUAUAGAGCAUCUUGGAGUUGUAUAUUCUUAGGUUUAACUUUUGUAUUCAAAUUCUUAUUGUGUAGAAAACUUCAAGGGGACUCGGCUAUAGAGUUCAGUGAAGUUUUUGCACCUCUAUUUAUACUAUUACAAUUAAUAGCAGUUAGAGCAUGUCAGUUACACCAAUAAAAUAUAAUCAUUAAUUAAUUAAUCAGUGUAAAAUUUGUUUAUACAUAAAUAAAAGAUAAAUUGGAAAUAA